UGUUGUUAGGAAGACUUAGGAGAGCCAGGUGAAUAAACAAAUUUACAUUUUUCUGCUCAGUGACCUGGCCUUUGAAUAGCAACGAGGCUGGAGGUGACCUUGUUUUGAUACUGAGACCUCACAGCUUUUGUUGAGUAAAUCAAGYUGCUAUAAUGCUAACUAGUUGUGGAGGGUCACCUCCAGGCCUCGCUGCCAUUCAAAGGCCAGGUAACUGAGCACACAACUGUGCACUGACCGACUCCCUUACCAUCGUACCCUGCGUGCCUAGCAUUUUCCAUAUAUUUUUUUCUUCCCGUUUGAUUUUCUUUGUUGUAAAUAAAGGUGAACCCUGUGCAGGAUAAAGUGAAACUGCGGAAAAGAAAUCUAACAGUUAGCUCGGUAGUCGAGUUUCUGAGACCUUCGUUGUUAAAUCGAAUAGAGCAUGGAUAAAUCUUCGACAUCUUCCUUCAAAUGUGGCGACGUUCUCCACAAAGGUUCUUCGUUUCUUUCUCUUAUUUCGUUGUUGUUGAUCGUUGCGCUGUUUUUGAGAAUGGAAUCGAUAAACAGGAAAACGGAGAUGAACGAGCUGCGAAUUUCCAAAGUCGACAGCCGCAUCGAGGAGAUCGGAUCACAACAGACAACAUACUACAAAAACGAAAUGGAAACACCAGAGGAUUCUGAGAAGAAAUCAAAUGCAAUAUUUCGACGCAGUUUGAUCUCAAUCGACAACAGAUCUUUCACGUUAAAAGAUGUCCGGAGUGAAAUCACCAAACAGUUCAGUAAACUCAAGCCAGCAUCACUGUGUCAGCCAUUGGAGAAAGUUUGUGUCCCAGGUCCUCCCGGCAAGAAAGGAAGCAGAGGCCGUCAAGGAAGACAAGGACGGCAAGGUGCCAAGGGUAAAAAGGGAAUGCAAGGCAUCACGGGUUCGCCUGGUAGUCACGGCAAGCAAGGCAUUAUGGGAAAUCAAGGGAUAAAAGGAGAAAAAGGCGAUAAAGGUGAUGCCGGACCGAGAGGGAUGAUGGGAUUGAAGGGAGAUCCCGGCAAAUCAAUUUCAUCUCCAGUGGUGACUGCUUCGCCCAACACUCGAACGGUCACUGAAAACCAAGCUGCCACAUUUUACUGCUCGGCCAGCGGUAAUCCGGGACCAGCAGUGAACUGGUACAAAGUUAGUGGUUCUCUUGAUAAAGGACGAGUGAAGAUAAACGAAAAUGGAGGGAGACUGGAGAUAAAACGCACGACCCACAGUGACUCAGGGCAAUACAUGUGUACAGCAGUCAGCAUUCUGGGAAGAGAUAGCAAAAACGUGACCCUUGUAGUCGAAGUCGCUCCAAAGUUGACAGUGGUUCCUCGGCAGUUUUUGGUCUUCAAAGAAGGGACAAUGGCAACGAUUUCUUGUGAAGCGUUUAGUUACCCUCCCUCUAUCAUCGCAUGGACACGCUCCUUAGCUGCUUUGCCAAAAGGAAGAAGUACUGUCAACAAAGGUUCUUUGAGAAUUCGAGAUUUUUCUGUUGAAGACACUGGAUUGUACACGUGUACAGCUAGCAAUAAAGUUGGCAAAGAGAGCGCUUCCACUACGUUAGGAAUUCAAAGGAAACCAGUGAAUUCUUGCGAAGAGGUCAUCCUCAAGUACUCAGCAAGAGCGUCUGGAGUGUAUGAACUGACAGCAAAUUUUUUCAGAUAUAGGGUAUACUGUGACGUGCAGGGUUGGACAUUGAUAGCUCGAUUUUCAAACACCGACAACAAGAACUGGAUGGAUGACCAGGGGGAAUGGUGGUAUGAUCACGAAACGACCGUCGGAAAGACAACAGAUCCGUUCAGUAAUGCUGACAUGAUCUCACCCGCAUUCUGGUUGGUCAGCGGCAGAGAGUUUAAGAUCACGCGCAGUGAUGACCAGAAUCACGCUUCUUUGUUGCAGACCACAGGUAACUGUUUAGCUGGACAAACAUUCCGAUCAAAAAUCACAAGUUAUGGCGACUUUAGAAAUGGCAAAGUUUGGGCCAGUGACCGGUGCCUGGGAAGCUGCACGGUUAAAUAUGGCGGUCAGUAUAAGUCAACAGACGGGUUUCAACAGGCUGAGUGCAGUGGAAACAUCCAAAGCGCCAACAACAUCGCUGGCAGGUCUCCCUUCGAUGAGAUGCCAUUUAUUGUGACUCCUGAGGGAAGAGUGCUUGCACAGUCGUGCGUUAUCGCGAAGUACAUAUGCAAAAUAUCAGGGAUGAGUCCGGAUGACCCUUUUGAUGAAGCGACAGCCGACAUGAUAAGUGAUGGUGCUGUUGAUCUUCGUAAUGGCGUCCUUAAGUUCUGCUUCGAAACGGACGAGGCUAAAAAG